AUUCCCCAACAAGAAACUAACUGGGCUGAGGUUGUGACAGAAUCAUGGCCCACAGACACACCAUCCUUCUCUGUCUUGUGCUCUGUCUGAGCCAGAAGAUUUGGGCACAAGAAGGGGAUUUUUACGUUCCUAUUAUAUCUGCCACGCCUGGUUCUAUAAUUCCCUGGAAUGAGUCCGUGAAGAUCCUGUGUUGUGGGACUCCUGAGUCUUACUUGUACCAACUGGAAAUCCUGAGAAACUCCACAUUUGAGGUGGUGGAGAGGAAAUUGGGAUUUCAGGAGAAGGCUGAAUUCCUCAUUAGCCACAUGAACACCAAGACUGCAGGGCGUUAUCGAUGCCGAUAUAGGAAAGAGUACAAAUUAUCGGAGCACAGUAAAGUCCUGGAGCUGGUGGUGACAGGCUUGUAUGACAAACCCUCCCUCUCAGCGGACCAAGGCAUGGUGUUGAUACUGGGAGAUAAUAUUUCCCUGCAGUGCAGCUCAACACACAUCUUACUUGAUAGAUUUUCACUGAUCAAAGAAGGAGGAGCCACCGCACCACAGCACCAAAGUGGGGUACACCAAGGCAACUUUACUCUAGGCCCAGUGAACCACAGCUUCUCAGGGAACUACAGGUGCUAUGGCUGGUACAGUGGCAGCCCUUACGUGUGGUCAGCCCCCAGUGAUGCCCUGGGGCUUGUGGUCACAGAUAUAAUGAACCAAGAUUACACAAUGGAGAAUUUGAUCCGAAUGGGCAUAGCAGGACUGGUCCUAAUGGGUCUCUUGGCCAUAGUCGUUGAAAACUGGCACAGCCAUCGGGUUCCAAACAAGGAAGACUGGCCAGAUUUUCCUGAACUGAGCCAGAGUAAACACAAAUGUCAGACAGACUGGACCUUUGGACAAAGCCCUAAGAGCCACCAGAUGAUGCCAAUUCACAAGAGGCCCUGAGAAUCCACAUUUCCCAAAAACCCUGUAAGCUCUGCUCAGAGACUGAGGCAUCAUGUCUAGCCAGCAUAAGUCUCCCUUAACGGAGUAAAAGUAAAUUCUGCUUUGCCUUUUUUAUUCCAGGCACUGAAUGGUGAGUGCAUUCACUUUUGAUAGUUCAUAUAUUGGGUUGAUUUAGGUUAAGUGGAAGGCUUGGCCUGGGGCAAAGAGUAUGGGGACUUAAUACUCCAUCACCUUCACCUCUAUGUUGGGCUUUGUGCUAGUCAUUUCUUUUAUAGGCGCAUACUGCAGCCCUGUGAAUUUUAUUUUAUUCAAUCCAUGUGUCACAUGAACAAACAGAGGCUUAGAAAUGAUAUGAUUUGAAGGGCGCCUGGCUGGCUCAGCCAGUGGAGUGUGCAACUCUUGAUCUCAGGGUUGUGAGUUUGA